AUGUCUUCGUCCUUUUUCACUGUGCCUGCGGCGCAGAGGAAACGCAAGCGAGAUGGCGUCCCGUCCGCAUCCUCAACGGCGGCAGCGACGAAGCGAUCUCGAAGCAACGGCACCAAGGCCGCACCAAAGGCUCCCCAACCUGAGAGAGACGAGUCAAUAUCGGGCAGUGACUCGGAAGACGACAUCUCUCCCGACGAUGUCGGGAUGAGCGACGGCGAAGACGAGAGCGAGUCGGAGCACGAGGGCGAGACGGCCGCCGAACGCAGGUUACGGCUCGCAGAACGGUACCUCCAGAAUGUCCGCAGCGAAGUCGAACAAACAAUUGGCUUCGAUGCUGAAGAGAUUGACCGUGACCUGAUUGCAGAGCGGCUCAAGGAGGACGUGGCAGAGGGCAAGGGUCGCAUGUACCGGUUCGUCGUGGACGAGUACGAUUUCGCCCAGGCGGUCAGCACACAGUUUCGCUACGACACCGAGUGCACUACCUCGAUAGCGGUGUGCGCCCCCUAUGCCUUCACCGUCGCCAAAGACAUGACCAUCACCAAGUGGCAACUCCCCGACCCCAACGCUCCCCUCCCAACCCCGAACAAGAAGCGGCAACGGCCGCUGCCGCCUCCCCGCCGCCGACCUACAAAGCUUCUACAGACUAAGGGCAGUCACCGCGAGAAGGGACAGCAGACCUAUCAACAUCAUACAGCUCCGAUAUUGUGCGUCGCUGCUUCAGAGGACGGCAAAUUCCUAGUCACUGGCGGCGCAGAUAGAAAAAUGAUUGUGUGGAAACAGGAGGACUUGACGCCACUGAAGGUCUUUACGCAGCACCGUGAUGCUGUUACGAGCGUGGCGUUCCGGAGAGGCACGAACCAGCUCUACUCCAGCUCGGCCGAUCGGACGGUCAAGACGUGGAGUCUAAACGAACUCACCUGCAUCGAAACGCUGUUCGGCCACCAGGACCAGGCGCUCGACGUGGCGGCCUUGUCGCGGGAACAGUGCAUCAGUGCCGGCGCGAGAGACAGGACAGUCCGGUUCUGGAAGGUCGUGGAGGAGACGCAGCUGGUCUUCCGCGGGGGCGCCUCGGAGAAGAAGUCCCGGAGAGCCGAUGCGGCGCACAGCUACGCGGAAGGGAGCAUCGACCGGGUGGCCAUGAUCGACGACGAGACGUUUGUCAGCGGCGCCGACAACGGCUCGAUCUCGCUGUGGAGCCUGCAGAAGAAGAAGCCCGUGUGCGUGAUCCCCCUGGCCCACGGGUGCGACCCGUCGCCGAAGCGGGAGGACAUCUUCUCGGGGAUGGACAACGCGGAGACCAAGCCGCUGCCUCCCCCUGAGCCACGCUGGAUUACGGCGCUCGCGGUCUUACCCUACAGCAACCUUGUCCUGAGCGGCAGCUGGGACGGCCAGGUGCGGAUAUGGAAGGUCUCGGAGGACAAGCGGCGCCUCGAGCCUGCUGGUGUCCUGGGACGGGACCUCGGCGAACAACAGCAAGAAGCAAACGGCGUGGCAGACGUGCCCAACGGGGUCGUCGUGAACGGGGAGAAGAAGCGGACGAAGAAGUCCAAGGUGGAACCCGUCGCCCGGGGCAUCGUCAACGACAUCGGCAUCUUUGAGCGGGGAGAGGCCGGCAAGGACGGGCUGGGCGUCGUGGUCGCGCUGGGCAAGGAGCACCGGCUGGGCAGGUGGAAGAAGGCAUCCGGGGGCAAGAAUGGCGCAAUGGUGUUUGAGAUACCACGGCUGGCAAAGAACUAG